AGGUGGAAGCCUCAAAGAAACAAGCAGAACUUGAUAAGAAAGCAAUGGAUGAGCUUCUGAGAGAAAGGGACAUAUUGAAUAAGAAUAUGCUUAAGGCGGUCAGUGCAACCCAGAAACAGAUAGACCUGGUAAAGCUCCAUGAACAAGCCAAGAGGAAUCUGGAGGAAGAAAUCCAAAACUACAAAGAGGAGGCUCAGAAGCAGAGAAAGAUCAUCUUUCAACUGGAAAAGGAACGAGAUCGGUACAUCAAUGAAGCCAGUGACCUUACCCAAAAGGUCCUCAUGAACAUGGAAGACAUAAAAGUUCGUGAAAUGCAGAUUUUUGACUAUAGGAAAAAAAUUGCUGAAUCAGAGACUAAAUUAAAACAGCAACAGAACCUGUAUGAAGCUGUGAGGUCAGACAGGAAUCUGUAUAGUAAAAAUCUGGUUGAGGCUCAGGAUGAAAUAACAGAAAUGAAGAGAAAAUUAAAGAUUAUGACCCAUCAGGUAGAUCAAUUGAAAGAAGAAAUCUCAGCUAAGGAGUCGGCGCUUGUGAAACUACAUCUGGAACAGCAGCGCAUAGAAAAGGAGAAGGAAACCCUGAAGGCCGAGCUGCAGAAGCUGAGACAACAAGCCCUGGAGACCAAACACUUCAUUGAAAAGCAGGAAGCCGAGGAGAGAAAACUCUUGCGAAUUAUAGCAGAGGCUGAUGGCGAGAGGCUGAGACAAAAGAAGGAGUUGGACCAGGUCAUCAGCGAGAGAGAUAUCCUUGGGUCGCAGCUAGUUCGGCGCAAUGAUGAGUUGGCUUUGCUCUAUGAGAAGAUCAAGAUCCAGCAGUCUGUGCUGAAUAAAGGCGAGAGCCAGUAUAACCAGAGAUUGGAGGACAUGAGAAUCCUCAAACUUGAGAUCAAGAAGCUUCGCCGGGAGAAAGGGAUUCUUGCCAGGAGUGUGGCCAAUGUCGAUGAACUCAGGCAGGAGCUUUUUCACACGCAAAGAGAGUUCCUGAAGGAGAGGACGAGAUGCCGAGCCUUGGAGGAGGAACUGGAGAACCCCAUGAACGUGCACAGAUGGAGGAAGCUUGAGGCCAGUGACCCCAGUACCUUUGAGCUGAUACAGAAAAUACAUACACUGCAGAAGCGUCUCAUCAGCAAGACAGAAGAGGUGGUUGAAAAAGAGCUGCUCCUCCAGGAAAAGGAGAAACUGUAUGUGGAACUAAAGCACAUCCUGGCUCGGCAGCCUGGGCCCGAGGCUGCGGAGCAGCUGCAGAUCUAUCGCCACACACUGCGGGAGAAGACCAAGCAGCUUAAAGUUUUGUCUUCAGAAUUGAAUAUGUAUGAGUCACAGAGCCAGGAAUACAAGUACGAGAUCGAAAAACUUACCCACGAACUGCUGAAUUUAAAGAAGAAGUACCUUGCUCAGAAACGUAAAGAAUACAUUCAGAAAAACAAGGACAGAAUAAACAUGGAGGACACCUUCUCAAUGGCCAAACCAAGUGGCCCUCGUUUUACUGGGGGUGGAUUUCCCCUCAGCAAGUCAUCCAAGGCGAAGUCAUAACUCGAAGCUGUUGGCUGGGUCCUUCUGAACAACUCAUUGGAGUUCACUCUGGAACAUUUUGGAGGAAUCUCUUUGAAAUUCCUUGGAUCACAGACAUUUAGGGAAAUCAGUCCUCGGAUUCCAGGAUGGAAAGAAAUGCAGAACUAUUAUAGUCCUGUACAUAGAAGAGUGAUGACUUUCUAUUUAAUCCACAUGGAUAUUAACAGAGUGUAAUUAUAUCUAUUCAAUCAGGUUGAAUUAUAUCAAUUCAACCAUUACAUGAAGCAAAUCUUUUGUUACACCACAUUUAUUUAUUUUGCAAUGCACCACAUCUAGAUACUCCAUAUGGAUGAAACUGGAGCCUAAUUUCUCUGACAGACACUGGUGCAUAGAUAAAAAAAUUUUUUUUUGAAAUGCAGUGCGUUCUUAUUAAUAAGAAUAUAUUUUAAUUAUUCCUCAUUAACAAGUCAUUGAUGAGAUAAGAAAGGUGGACACACUCUAAACUAUUUAAAAAGUGUUUUGAGAGUGAUUUCUAUGUGGAAUUUCUUUUCAGGCCUGGAGUAUGAAAACCUAUUCCAAAAAGACAUACUAAUAAAUACUUCAUCAUAAAAAAUAAAAAAAA